GCAGGGUUCAUCAUGGUUUCCAGGCAGUGUGUGGUUUUGUUUCUCUGCUUUCUGCUACUGAUUCCUCUUUCGCUGGAUGCAGGUAUGUCAUAAGUCUUUCUAAAGCAGGAAGAGGCAAGCAGCGUUUUGCAAAGGCAAAGACGAGCCAACAGCUUCUUCGAGGAGAUAAAACUGGGGUCACUAGAGCGAGAAUGCAUGGAAGAAAAGUGUUCCUUUGAGGAAGCGAGAGAGAUUUACCGUGAUGACGAAAGGACAAAAGAGUUUUGGCACAUCUAUUCCGACCCCAACCAGUGCGACUCCAACCCCUGUCAGAACGGAGGGAGCUGUGACGACCAGUUUCAGGAUUACGUUUGCCGCUGUCCCGUUGAUUAUGAGGGCAAAAGCUGUGAAAAAGCCAUGGCUGACAAACUGAAGUGCAUUUACGACAACGGUGGCUGUGAACAGUACUGUACCGACGAGGAGUCUGGAAAACGAGUGUGCUUCUGUGCAGACGAUUACACUUUAGCAAGUGAUGGCGUGUCCUGCAUUCCCCAAGUAAAAUACCCAUGUGGAAAAAUACCAGUGCUGGCAAAAAAAAAUGCAACUGCACGAGGGAGAAUAGUAGGUGGUUUCAUCUGUCCUCCAGGAGAAUGUCCAUGGCAAGCCCUUAUAAUACAGAAUCAGAAAGAAAAGUGUGGCGGUACCCUGCUUUCCCCAGAGUGGGUGGUCACUGCAGCUCACUGUUUGGAGUAUACUCAUGCUAAACAGCUCCGGGUGAGACUGGGUGAACAUGCAAUAAAUUAUGAUGAGAAAACUGAGCAAGAAAGUGGAGUUGACAGGAUAAUCAUGCAUGAAGAAUACACGAAUGGACAAGUCAAUAACGAUAUUGCCCUCCUGAGCCUGGAAACACCCGUGAAUCUCACCGACUACGUGGUGCCAAUAUGUUUGCCUGAAAAACGGUUUGCAGUGUAUGAACUGUCCUCCAUCAAGUUCUCCACAGUGAGCGGCUGGGGACGCCUACUAGAUGGAGGUGCCACCUCCUCUGUUCUGAUGAGAGUUGAUUUGCCACGUGUAAAGACACAAGAAUGUGAAAAGGAGACCGAUUUAAAUCUUACAGAGAAUAUGUUCUGUGCAGGAGACCUGACCGGCGUUAAGGACUCCUGCAAGGGAGACAGUGGUGGACCUCACGCUACAAAGUACAAGAACACUUGGUUUCUGACCGGGAUUGUCAGCUGGGGAAAGGGCUGUGCUGCUCAAGGCAGCUAUGGGGUUUACACAAGGGUAUCCAAAUACAUCGACUGGUUGAAGAAGCACAUGGAUUAAUGAUCUUGAAUCAGAGCAUUCCAGUUUGUGUUAUUGCCCCCCAAUUCUUCUGUGCCAUUUUCCUAUUGAGGCAUUCCUCCAUUAUCUUAGAUGUGUGAUACAUGUGAUACCCACACCACUGUUAAUGAUUUGAAAUGAGCUUGAUGCCUACUUGAAUAUAUA